AUGACUCAAGCUACAGAUAGAAAAGGAGAUAUACAAGGUAACGUUGUGGUGGUCUCGAAUAGAUUACCAGUAACCAUCACCAAGAAUAAUGAAACCGGUGAGUAUGAGUACACUAUGUCCUCUGGUGGUUUAGUUACAGCAUUACAAGGGUUGAAAAAGACAGCUACAUUCCAAUGGUAUGGGUGGCCUGGUUUAGAGAUUCCAGACCAUGAUAAGGCGAAAGUUAAGAAGGAUCUAAAGGAGAAAUUUAAUGCUAUUCCUGUAUUUUUAACAGAUGAAAUUGCCGAUUUACAUUAUAAUGGUUUUAGUAAUUCUAUCCUAUGGCCCUUAUUCCAUUACCACCCAGGUGAGAUUAAUUUCGAUGAAAACGCAUGGCUUGCGUAUAAUGAAGCAAACUUAACAUUUGCUAACGAAAUUAUUCAAAAUAUUAGUGAUAAUGACCUUGUAUGGGUUCACGAUUACCAUUUGAUGCUACUACCAGAGAUGUUAAGACAUAAUAUUAAUAGAAAGGGAUUGAAGAAUAUUAAACUUGGAUGGUUCUUACAUACUCCUUUCCCAUCUUCAGAAAUUUACAGAAUCUUACCAGUUAGACAAGAAAUUUUGAAAGGUGUGUUAAGUUGUGACCUUUUAGGGUUUCAUACAUACGAUUAUGCAAGACAUUUCUUAUCGUCAGUUCAAAGGGUCUUAAAUAUUAAUACAUUACCAAAUGGUGUUGAGUAUGAGGGUCAUUUUGUCAAUGUAGGUGCAUUCCCGAUUGGUAUUGAUGUUGACAAGUUUUCAGAAGGUUUAAAGAAGGAUUCUGUCCAAAAGAGAAUAAUGCAAUUGAAGGAGACAUUCAAAGGUUGCAAAAUUAUUGUUGGUGUAGACAGAUUAGAUUAUAUCAAGGGUGUCCCACAAAAGUUGCAUGCAAUGGAAGUUUUUCUAUCAGAACAUCCCGAAUGGAUUGGGAAAGUUGUUCUUGUACAACUUGCUGUUCCAAGUCGUGGAGAUGUCGAAGAAUAUCAGUAUUUAAGAUCUGUGGUUAAUGAACUUGUUGGUAGAAUUAACGGUCAAUUUGGUACUGUAGAAUUUGUUCCAAUCCAUUUCAUGCAUAGAAGUAUUCCAUUUGAAGAAUUGAUAUCUUUAUAUGCUGCAAGUGAUGUUUGUUUAGUCUCUUCUACAAGAGAUGGUAUGAACUUAGUCUCUUACGAAUAUAUAGCCUGUCAACAAGAAAAGAAAGGUUCUUUAAUCCUUUCCGAGUUCACUGGUGCCGCACAAUCAUUGAAUGGUGCUUUGAUUGUCAACCCUUGGAAUACUGAUGAUUUAUCAGAAUCAAUCAAUGAAGCUCUAACUUUAUCCUCAGAAAAGAAAGAGGCUAACUGGGAGAAGCUAUACAGAUAUAUUUCAAAAUACACAUCUUCCUUCUGGGGUGAAAAUUUCGUUCAUGAACUGAACAACACUUCUAGCACUUCUGCUGUACAUGGAACCAGUUCUUGA